AUGAAGAUCAAGCCUCGUACUAUUCUGCUCGUUUUCCUGUUCAUCAAGCUAUGCAUUCUGUUCACAGGUCGGUUUUAUCAGUUAAGACCUCAACCUUUUGUCCUUCCAGUCCUCCAAGAAACAGUGGAAUCCAUGUCCUCCAGUGACCAUCCACUUCUUUUUAAUACGAAUGACAUCUUCCUGUUCGACGUGAUGCUCGGAUCCAUUUCCGCCCUUUUCAUACUCGUCUCGCUCGUCCUCAUCGUCUUCUUCACCAUUGGUCACAGUCGUUUCCGCAAACCGUACAUGGUCAUCGCCUUCGCCAUCAACCUCAUUUUUGUUCUGCCUUUCUUCUUCUCUGGUACGACGAUCCUUUAAGUGUUAGAAAAUCGUUUUUCUAGGGGUCUACCUCACGUUCCACGAUCAUCAGGGCCUCAAAAUAUCCGGAAGAGUGAUCGAGAGCUUCGGGAAAAUGCACAAUUUCUCCAAAGAGUUCCAUGCAAUUAAUCCGAAUUACACGUCGAAAAGUCGAAAUGUAACAAUACCCACUAGAAAAAUCACGCCGGAAAUGGUGAGUUUUUGUGAGGAGAUUCCCUGAAACCCCUGAUUCUUCAGUUGAGCAGUUACGAAUAUGUGACGCAUAUUCAGAAACGAUAUUGUUGUUGCGGAAUGGAUGGAGCCAGAUAUUAUGGAUUCAAUAACGUGAGUUCUAGGAGUGCGUACCGCACGGCGACCAAAAGUGUAGAAACUGGCGUGGCCUAAUCUGAGACGCGUUUUCUGAAAAUUGCCGCAAUUCCAGCACUUUUCCGAUAUUUUUUUGUUUGAUAUCGACGAGAGAAAACAUCGAAAUUUUCGUGAAAACGCCGCGUUUGAGACGUUUUUGGCAUAUUUCGCAAUACGCCCUCCGCGGCCAAUCGCCGCCGCAAUUUCGGAAUUUUCAUACCGGCCGAUCUGGAUAGUUUUGAAACGAAGUGAGUGUCGGAAGUGAUUAAGCACGCUAAUACAAGUAUUUUAAGCGUUCAAACGGCAAAAAGUAUCGGCGAAUGACUGAAAUUCGCGCAUUUGCAGCACAAAACUUAAAAUCAAUUCAAUUGAUUCAUUUCUGAAUGAAACGUGCUCGUUUUAAGCUCAAAAAGUGCGCGCGAUGAUUAGUUUAACAAAGUUUAUACAUCGUCGAAAUCGUACAAAAUUUGGGUAAUUUUUGACGAAAAAAAAAUGAAAAAAAGGGGUUAAAUUUCGAAUUUCGCGCCAAAAUGGUGAUAAACCGUGCACGCUAGGCCACGCCCCUUUCUACGUUUUUUGUUCGCCGUGUACCGUGUCUAGUUAGAAGAUUUUAGAAAAGUACGGCCCUCAAGGAAUCGAUCCCAUUCACGUCGAAACUAGACCUACGUUGCCCGCUCAACUCCCUAUUCAAGAACUCGACGUGCAUUGACUCGCACCUCAAAGGCUGCGACGAUCGUCUGAAGACAGUGCAUCCCACUCGAAUCCUCAUGUACUCCUGCGUCGGAUCCGUGUUUGCGACGCUCUUCGCCGUCCUCUCCCCCUUUAUUUAUUCGCAGUUCGAGUUGGACAGACGGCGUGCUCGAUCCGAAUACAUUCGCGAAUGGAGAAGAAAUCUGGAGCAGCACAUCACCGACCACCGCAUUUGGACUCUUCGCAACGGACAACGAAGCGAGAGGGAGGCGGGAGAAGGAGCGGUUUCCCUCGUGGAGGAAGGCGCUGACCAGCCGCUUGUGAAUGAAAACAGAUCGACACCAAGGGUCUAG